AUGGGGAUAGGAAACGGAAGCGAAUUGUUGGAUAGCUUUGGAGACGCAGUAAAAAGAGGCAUUCCCCUAGAUAGUUUGGUCAACGAAGGCAUUACGAAUGUUGGGGUUGACACCACUCAUAGGCUUGUGAUCGCGAAGAGUCGACUUCAGGCUCACCAAAGGAGAGGCCACUCCUUGGUCAGUGAGGGCCUUACGAAUGAUGAACUGCAUGCAGAAUAUUUCAUGGAUGAUUGUUGUAAGAAUGUUGAUGUACUGAGGCAGAAUGGACUUGAUCCUAUUUUGGUGUUUGAUGGGAAUGCUACACCUUUAAAGACCAAAAUAAUGGAGCUGAGGAGAGCGAUACGUGAGGAAAACAAGAAGAAGAAUAAAAACACAAGUAAGAAAAAGCAUCCAGCUGAUAGUGCUUUUAGUGCCCGAAAUAUUCAAAGUUACAAGUGGCCAGUUCAAAGAUACAUUCCUGACAGAUCCAACGUAUGCAAGUGGUUGAUAAAGAAAGGAAUACAAUUCUUUGUAGCUCCGUACGAAGCGGAUGCCCAAUUGACACACUUGGCAAGCAAGAAAAUAAUAGAUGCCAUCAUCACUAUUGAUUCAGACCUUAUAGCAUUUGGAUGUGGAAAACGGUUAAAAGAAGCGAAGGAUGCCUACAAAAACUUUACGCCACACAAGCUUUUAGAAAUGUCAAUUAUAAUUGGUUGCGACUAUUUACCAAAUUUGGCAGGCAUAGGCAUUGCAAAAGCUCCCGAAAAGGUUGCGAAGGCUGAUUACAAGCAGUGA